AUGGCUGGUGGACGACAGUGUGACAGUGGCUAUGUGGAAAUAUGGAAAAAUAAGUGUUGCAGACAAAGAUGUGUGAAUGACAAGCAAAGGCCUUCAGUCACCAUCACUCUGCAAGUUCAUGAGCCCAUAACUAAACAGCCUGUCAUAAAAAUCAAUUCUACCUGGAUUUCCUCAAAUGAAUCAUGUAAAGUUCUGCUGGAGUGCAGCACAACUGGUGACGUCAGCUACAAGUGGACUGUAGGAAAACAAACACUAACUGGUCCCAGUCAACAAUACAUCAUCAGGGAGCAGGAUGGAGAGACCAAUGUCACCUGCACAGUUUCCAAUCAUGUCAGUGAGAAGUCUGCAUUUCAAACAGUGAAGUGCAGCAAAGAUCAUUCACACAGAAAAGAAACAGAGGACAGCUCUUCUUCUUCUCUUCUCAUGUUCAUUGCUGGACUGUUUACUGGAGUAUUGAUCACUGUACUGUUGCUCUUUCUGCUUUACUGCAUAAAGUCAAAGGGUCUGUGUCACAAAAGGCUCACACAGUCUGAAACAAUCAACCAGGAAGAAAAUCAGCAACAUGUGUACUCGGCUCUUUCCCACGGUGAUCGUUGUGUUUAUGAGACAAUGAGAGGCUCUGAAGAUGCUGCACCAGGUGGAUCACAAAUACAGUGCAUCAAAUCAGACUAGACGAGCUGCAGUUCUGCACAUCUGUGGUAUUUUUUUGAUGUCUUAAGUUAAAUGUGAUUAUUAUGUCAAACCCUAUUUU